UUUCAUCGUGUGCUAAGAGGCAUUUUCAAGCCCUUCGUAGCGCCUUAGCUGCAUAAUAAUCAUAGAAAUAAUGUCGCCGGCCAUGUCAGGAGAUUACUUCUCGCACAGCACACUUUCGAAUUUUUCUCUUUUUCAAAGCACAGGUUGAUCUGCAUCCACGUUCUUCAUGAGCUUGCAAGUGUCAAUCCGAAAGUCCCAGGUGAACGAAGAUCCGCCACAGUGAUCACCGGGAGGACCGUGCCGUUCUGUCCUCCACAUUGAAACGCUAUGGCCAACUAUGAGCUCAAUGCCAAGGAGGGGCGAAAUGUAGUCAUUGUGGUCAGUGUGCUGGGGGCCGUCGCGGUGCUUUCGGUGGUCCUGCGCAUCGUGUCUCGAAAGAAGAAACACCUAAGGCUGGCAUUAGAUGAUUAUCUUAUGGUUUUAGCCUUGUGUUUUGUUCUGGCGUCGACAGUCCUUGUCAUAACCUCUGUCACACAAGGGGGAGUCGGCUUUCAUGCGUCCGACAUUGCAUUGACCGACGUCGAGUACACAUUGAAGAUCAUCAUUCCCUGGCAGGCACUGUACGGAGUCGGUCUUGCGCUUGUCAAAUCCUCCGUGAUGCUCCUGUACUACCGGCUCUUCGGAACGAAGAAAAGUCUCCGAAUCGCCAUCUACGCCACCACCGCCAUCGUGUGGGGUUGGGCCCUGAGCAUCGUCCUCGAGUCUCUCCUGCUGUGCAUGCCCUUCGCAUACAAUUGGAGCCGGGCAGUCUCUGGUGGCCAUUGCGCCAAUCGCAACGUUGCGUUCGUCGUGGCUGGGGUGCUGAACAUAGUUACGGACUUCAUCAUCAUGCUGCUUCCUCUGCCUUACGUAUGGACACUGCAGCUGCCCGUGGGGCGGAAGCUUGGGCUGGCUUUGGCGUUUUGCUUGGGACUGAUUGUCAGUGCCAUUAGCAUAAUCCGCGUGGUGAGCCUUGCGCACAUCAAUUUUAUGGACCCCACACACUCGCUGCCCCUGCCGUUUAUGUGGACCAUUGUCGAAGAGCAGUUGACAAUUGUCUGUGCGAACCUCCCGCUCGUACGGCACUUGUUCGCGGCCAUCCUGCCAGCGAGAUGGUUUGAUUCUCCACGACGGCCAGCAGUCGAGUCCUCUGGCCGGAUGCAAUUCCCCAACGGCUCGAAUGAGGCUCCCAGCAUGUCCUGGAUGAGUCAUGGUGUUGUGACGGCGGAGUUUCUUUUCAGAGGAAUGCUCUUUGAACGGAAGUCCGCGCCAUCAUGGUGGUCGACUGAAGACAGCCAGGACGGUCACUCUGAUGUGGAACUUGCGGCACGCGGGGCGCCUCCGGGUGGUAUUAAAGUCUUGACAACUCUGGAGUGGCGCCGGGAAGUUUGACAAGGGUUGAUGAAUUGUUCUUGGGGACAUACAAUCAGCACUGUCAUAGCC